CAAUACUAUGCUCUGGAUGUCGAGUGUGUCGCCACGGGCUUGGACCAUAAUGCACGCGCCGUGGCCCAAAUAGGACUGGUGGAUGCCCACGGCCGCGAGUUGCUCAACAUCUUCGUGAAACCCAAUGAACCUGUGGUUUCGUGUCUAACGGCGAUUACAGGGAUUACACCUACCAUCCUGGAGACGAAAGGGAUCUCCCUGGGUGAGGCACGGGAGCGUCUGCUCCAGGUUCUCCCCUCCACAGCAACGCUCGUUGGACAGAAUGUGAUGCAAGACGUCAGAUGGCUGAAUUUGAAGGAGCGGCAAGACUUCGCCAGCAUGCUGGAUCUGAUGGGGCUGUACCGAGUGUGGAAUGCUCAGUACCGAAACUUCACUAUCUUCAACCAAGACCAUCUGGCACGAGUCUUAUUGAAUUGGGCUGGCGAGGGACCACACGAUGCAGUCCGGGAUGCCCAAGUAUCAAUGCAGCUUUUCCACUGCCAUGCGCGACUGCAAUCGGAUCCGGGAAUGUGGGAUCAAGCCCAGCAGGCCCUGCUUGACGCUCCGAGGAAGCCAUCCUUUGCAUCCCAGAAUCCCAUCUAUGACAAUGUGUGCAUGGGUAACCGCAGAACAUGUAGGUGCGGUGCACCAUUCUUUUCCUGA